AAGGUUGGGGAGAGCAAGGCAGGCCAAAUCCUUUGGGCACCCCUCCUUCUGCCCCCUCCUUCCCAGAGGAUGGAGAAGCUCCUAGAAACCAUAGACCAGCUGCAAUUGGAGUUUGCCCGACGGGCGGCCCCUUUCAACAACUGGCUGGAUGGGGCAGUGGAGGACCUGCAGGACGUGUGGCUGGUGCAUUCGGUGGAGGAGACCCAGAGCCUCAUCACCGCUCACGAGCAGUUCAAGGCCACUCUGCCCGAGGCUGACCGGGAGCGGGGCGCCAUCCUGGGCAUUCAGGGGGAGAUUCAGAAGAUCUGCCAGACCUACGGGCUGCGCCUGAGCGUGAGCGGCUCCAACCCUUACAUCAGCCUCACACCCCAGGACAUCACCAGCAAGUGGGAGAUGGUGCGGAAACUGGUGCCCAGCCGUGACCAGACCCUGCAAGAGGAGCUCGCCCGCCAGCAGGCCAAUGAGAGGCUGCGCAGACAGUUCGCGGCUCAGGCCAAUGCUAUCGGCCCUUGGAUUCAGGGAAAAGUAGAGGAAGUUGGACGCCUGGCUGUGGGGCUGGCUGGCUCCUUAGAAGAACAGAUGGCAGGACUGAGGCAGCAGGAACAAAACAUCAUUAACUAUAAGAGCAACGUGGACCGGCUUGAGGGUGACCACCAGCUGCUGCAGGAGAGCCUGGUGUUUGAUAACAAGCACACCGUCUACAGCAUGGAGCAUAUCCGUGUGGGCUGGGAGCAGUUGCUCACCUCCAUCGCCAGGACCAUCAAUGAGGUAGAAAACCAGGUGCUGACCCGGGAUGCCAAGGGCCUGAGCCAAGAACAGCUCAAUGAGUUCCGGGCCUCCUUCAACCAUUUUGACCGGAAGCGAAACGGCAUGAUGGAGCCCGAUGAUUUCCGAGCCUGCCUCAUCUCCAUGGGCUACGACUUGGGAGAAGUCGAGUUUGCUCGCAUCAUGACGAUGGUGGACCCCAACGCAGCUGGGGUGGUCACCUUCCAGGCCUUCAUUGACUUCAUGACCCGGGAGACGGCCGAGACGGACACGGCCGAGCAGGUUGUGGCCUCCUUCAAGAUCUUGGCUGGAGACAAGAAUUACAUCACAGGCGAGGAGCUGCGGCGGGAGCUACCGCCAGAGCAGGCCGAGUACUGCAUCCGCCGGAUGGCCCCCUACACCGGGCCUGGGGCGCCCUCGGGGGCUCUGGACUACGUAGCCUUCUCCAGUGCCCUCUACGGGGAGAGCGACCUCUGACCCCAGCCCCUUCCCUGGGAACCCCUUCUCGGCCAGCACUCAAGUUGUGGCUCGCAGACCCCCCUCCCCCCGAUUCUCCCGGGAACCCCUUUGCCCCCUCGCCCCUUCCAAGGCACUGGUUGUACUCAAUAAAGCUCCGUCUCGGCUGGCUCAGA